AUGGAGCUGCACCAUAAGUUGCGGCGUGACCCCAGUUGGCAUCCGAAUGCGUGCAACAUCUGCGGGCAGUUGGGCCAUCAAGCUGUCAACUGCACCAAUGGCACAAUCAACUGGAGGCAAAUCUAUGGUGAUGAGGCUUUCACCAUCAAACCACCUGUUUUUUGGUCAGAGAUGGCGGACAAGCAGAAAAAGAAAGAAGUGGAUGUGAAAGAACUGGCAAGACGAGCAAGAGAAUAUGCAAGGAUGCAGUGCCAAGCGCAGGGCAUUGACUAUGACGAAAUGAUACGAGGGGCACAAGUUUUCCAACAUGCCCCUGAACAGAAGCCACAGCUCCCAGUCACCAGCCAGCAGAAUGGCGGCAGUGCUGGUGGGGCUGUUAAGAAGGAAGCACCUGAGGGAGACCUGCCUGAGGGCUGGGCGGUCGCUCGAGACGCCCAGCAGCGCGUGUACUACUGGCACAAGAAGACACAAAAGGUGCAGUGGGACAAGCCCACGAAGGACACGCCCGUGAGCUAG